AAAAUAUGUACUUAUCUAAAAUUGUAUUUAUCUAGAUGUACUUAGAUGACCCAACGCAAGAGCUUAAAGGGAUUAUAUCCUCUCAAAGUGAAAAAAUAUGUAAGUUAAAUAAAAAAUUACAAGAGUUUGAUUCAGUUGUUUCUGAAAGAAAUGAAUUACGAGAAAUUUACAAAGAAUUUGAACAAAGUAAUGAAGAAUGUACCAAUGGCCAUAAGAAAGCGUUUGCAGAAUUAUCCGCGAAGUGUGAAGAACAAGCGGAGAAACUUAAGCAAUUUGCGAGUGCAGAAUACCAAUGGGAAACUAAGUACGGGAAACUAGAAGAUGCCAACAACUGCAUGAAUCGUCAGAUAAAAAUUCUAAAAUGUAAUGAAAAUAAAUUACAAUCACAAUUAACAGAGACUGAGACAAAUUUGAAAUGUAUUCAGAAAGAAUUAUGUACAACUAAAUCGGAAUUGGAAAAAAAGAACUGUAUGGUCAAUAAAUUGAAUACAACUUUGAAAUCCAACGAACAAGAGCUCUGUAAAGUCCACAAGGAACUUGAGGAGCGGAAAAUUGAAUCCAAUAAAUUAAACGAGACAAACGAAGUUUUGAAUACGGAAUUAAACUGCACAAAAAAAAGUUUAAGUGAUGCAAAAUCUUCUGCUACAAGUAUGGAAGAGAGGUUCAUACAAGAGCGUGAUAAUUUAACAAAUGAAUUGAAAACAAGUUGUAAAAAAAAUAAUGACUUAGAGAUGCGAUACAACGAUGCAAUGUGUAAACUAAACGAAGAGAGAUGUAAAUCCAAAAAGUUUGCUUCAAAAUUAAUAGAUUUGAAUAAAGUGAGUGCAAAGAAUCACUUAGAAAUGAAAAACAGGGUACAGAAAUUACAAGAUGAAAUAUCUGCAAAGAAUAACGAAUUAUGUUCCUUGAAUAAAAAAGUCGUUGAGUUGCAGCAAGAAAAUAAUAGUAAGUGUACAGAAAUAAACGGAUUAAAAACUAAAGUUUACGAGAGGGAAUGUCAAUUAAAACAAAUGUCUUUACUGUCGGAAAAAAUUGAGCAAAUGAAGAGUUUUGCCGAAACUUGUUGUUGUCCAAAAAAGAAAUGCGAAGCAAGCUCUUGCAGUUGUCCAAAAAAGAAAUGUGAAUCUGCGAGCUCUUGUUGUCCGAAAAAAAAAUGUGAACCUGCAAGUCCUUGUUGUCCGAAAAAGAAAUCUGAAACAAUUCCUUGUUGUCCGAAAAAGAAACCAGAACCUUGUUGUGAAUCAACUCCCUGUUGUAUGAAAAAGAAACUGGAAUCAAGCUCCACGACAGAUAUAAAGCCUUCAUGCGGUCAAUCCAACAACACAAAAGCUGUGAUCCAAAAAUAUUCUACAAAAUCGAAUGGAUCUCAUAACGAUAUGUAUAAAACGGAACUAAAACAAUUGAAAUGUGAUCUAGAAGAUUUACAAAAAAGUAUUAGCAACAUCUAA